UAUAUUUCAAUGGAAAAUUCACCUUCCUCAAGAGUUGAUGUCGAACGCAAAACGCAACAAUACAGAACACAUUUUCGCUAAAAGUGCAAAGUGAAAAAAAAUCAUAAAAAAUAUAUAAAACGAAGUUAAACGAACCGUGUGGAAGAGAAAAUUGCAUAGCAAACGCAACUUUUUCUGCACCUACAACGUAAACCAGUUGUGCACAUUUCUUCAAUAUAUCUAAAAUUGCAAUUUUUCUAGAAUAUUCUGUUGAAAUUUGAGCAAAAUAACCAUUUAGCUUAAACACUGUACAAUAAUCUGUUACGCUUUUCGCUGCAAUUUGAAAAAAUAAAGCUGUUUAGGUGAAGGAUAAAAUCUGGUGAAGCAAGACGAGCCUGUGAGCAAGGGGUGUAUUACAUAAGCGCGGCAGGAGGAAGUGUUUUUUUUUCACAAUCUCUUGUGUAAUAAUAAUCUUCCUUCCAAGCUCAGAGUUAUAAAAGAUAAAGGCAAGGCAAAACGUGAAGCGGGCGGCACCUAAUGAUAUUUGUUGGUGCACGUUGCGCCCCCCCACACACUGCAUAGUGGUCAUACAAUUCACUUGCGAUUCAGUGCAGUGGCAAAUGAAAGAAGCGCCGUGUGUGUAGUGUAAUACGUCUUUUACUUGGCAUAUUUACGCGCACGAACUGUAUCCACAGUCAUCGUAACCUGUCGGCGGAUCCCCGCGUGAAGCGCCGCUGCGCAAUUUCACAAUUCCCAGCCAUUAAAGGGUACAUUUGCGGGAACGUUUUCGAAAACGUGUCGUCUGUUGUUGUGGUUGACUUGUGAUCACACUCUGUUUGCCGGUGCUAAUAAAACCUAUCUGAUAUUCAGAUUUGUUGUUUUUCCUUUUGCCGCGAACGACUAAAAAAGUUAAAAAACCGGCAACAGCCGGCAUAAUUUUUGUUUUCUCUAUUCAUUGUGCAUUGAAAUUGAAAUUGUACAUUUAAAAAGUGCGGAAAAAGUUAUCGUGUGAUUAUGUCCCAGAAUCAACGUGAUACGCUCAUACAUUUGGUUGCUGGCGGAACCGCCGGUACAGUUGGUGCUGUCGUCACUUGUCCCUUAGAAGUGGUUAAAACACGUUUACAGAGUUCAACUGCUUUUCUCGGGCCGACACGCCUCGAACCACCAGGCUCGACAAAUGGCUCCAGCGAAUUGCUUCGACCCGAACAGCGACGUAAAUUGAGCACAACCAUUUUGCGUAAGAGGUCACAGCCACAGGUGAUUGGGGGUGUGCGUAGGAUAAUGGCUAUCUCACAUUGCGGUAUCUCAUCCACCUCCACAAAGUCAGUGAGUAUCGUGCAGUGUUUAAGGCACAUAGUACAAAAUGAAGGUCCACGCGCCCUUUUCAAAGGCCUGGGGCCGAAUCUCAUUGGCGUAGCGCCCUCCCGAGCGAUAUAUUUUUGCACCUACUCACAAACGAAGAAUUUCUUAAAUAAUUUAAGCUUUAUGCAAACCGAAUCACCGCAGGUGCACAUACUAAGUGCCGCCAGCGCUGGUUUCGUCUCGUCUUCACUAACAAAUCCCAUUUGGUUUGUGAAGACGCGCCUACAGCUAGACUAUAAUUCCAAAGUGCAAAUGACCGUGCGAGAAUGCAUCAACCGGGUUUAUGCGCAAGGCGGGAUAGCCGCAUUCUACAAAGGCAUUACAGCCAGCUACUUCGGCAUCUGUGAGACAAUGAUACAUUUUGUCAUUUACGAGUUUAUCAAAUCGAAAUUGAUUGAAAUGCACAACACACGUCAUGAGGAUGCCAAAUCAUCAAAAGAUUUUCUGGAAUUUAUGAUGGCAGGCGCCGUUUCAAAGACUGUUGCUUCUUGUAUUGCAUAUCCGCACGAGGUGGCGCGUACAAGACUGCGUGAGGAGGGUAAUAAAUAUAAUAAAUUUUUCCAAACGUUGCGAACCGUCUGGAAAGAGGAAGGACGAGCUGGACUUUAUAGAGGCUUAGCGACGCAAUUGCUGCGGCAGAUACCUAAUACAGCCAUAAUGAUGGCCACCUACGAAGCAGUCGUGUAUGUGUUAACACGACGAUUCAAUAAUAAAAGCAAUGAAUUUUACGACUUCUAGAUUUGUUUUCCUUGCGGCCCAAAGCCCAAAGCAAAUGGAACAAUUGUCCGUUUAAUGUGAACGAUUUGAAGUACAACAAGAGCACACCACACCCCUGCAUAAGCAGAAUACACUGUAUAAGUGUGUGUGUGUGUGUGUGUGUUGAUGUGUGUGUGGAUAUGUAUAGGAUACGUGCGAUGCAUAGUAUUUUAUUUUACAAGUUUCUAUAGCUACAAAGUUACUAUGCAACUUUAAGGCUAAAUAAGAAGUUUAAAAAAUGAUUUCUAAUUGAAGUGAGCUUUUAGGCGCGCUUAAGAGUAGACGAUUGAAGACUGCAGAAUGCCAGCGAACAAAGCAUACAACGAAUUGACAACUAUUUUAGAAUAGCUAGAAAUUCUAGAAAUCAAACUAUAGAUGAAAAUUGGUUGCUAUGAAAAGCUUUGCGCGCAAAUUUUAUUAUUACAAUUAUUGCUUUCAUAUAUUUCUUGUGUGUGGGUGUAGCAAAUGAAGCACAACAAUCAAGCAAUCAAUAGAUCAAUCGAAUGAGCGCAUGACAAUAUAUACACUUCCAUAUGCAUACACAUAUGUACUUGAUUAUAUUCCAUUUAGAAAACAAAAAAGGAAGGGCAACAACUCAAAGCUACGUCUGCUCAUAAGUUAAACCUAUUCGAGUAGAAUAAAAUAAAAAAAAAGUUGCUUUUUCGUUUACUCCCAAAUGCAAAAUAACAGUUAUUUGCAAUUUUGAUUUUUUUCUUCUUACUUCAAUGCUUUAAUUUUGCCUUAUCCAUCUACACGUACAUACACACAUAUAUAUUUAAAUUUGUUGUGAUCCAUAUUUUUCCUCAGAACUAUAGGAUACUUAUAGAUCUAGUGACUAGUGUAAGCAUACAAUGUGCUUUUAAAUGGAACCCAAAACUCUAACACACACGCACCUAAACUUGAAUUGCUUAACAGUUACAAAAGAAAGCAAUGUAUGAAAACUUAUGUGUGUAUAAACAUGCACUCUGUAUCAUAAAAUUUAGAAAUAUUAGUUGUUAGUGUCAAAUAAUUUAAUUAUUCCACUUUAAAUGUUAACUAUAAAUUAUUUACGUUAUUAGUUAACUGAGUGGCUAAGUGAUGGAGAGCGAUAAAUCUUAGUUGGAAAUAUCAUAUGCAUAUAGUAUAUAUAUAUAUAUAUACAUAUAUAUAUCCUAAUAUAUAUUAUAUAUACAUUCAUUAUAUGUAUCUAUGUAAAUAUGUAUCUAUAUAACUUGGUUGAGAGCAGCAAGUGUAAACACAAACGUUUUUAGUUCAUAGGUCAAAUACAUUUCAGUCAAUGCGUAUACAUACAUACAUACAUACUCACGCCAUAUACAUUUUAGUUAGUUAAGAACACGUUUGAUUGCAAGAGUAAGUGAUUGCUUUAAUGUUCCAAGAAACAAAACAAACAUACAUAUUUAAUAAUAAAUAUAAUUAAUAAUUUUGUGCAAAUUAUCGACCAUUUCAUAAAGAGUUAUUGAUUAAAAUGGGUGCAAUUCAAAAGCCGUAACCAAAAAGUAAAUUAUUUUGUAAUUUUAAAAGUUGAGAGGAAAUUUUAUUUUAUAUAUUUCACAAAAAUAGCACCAUUUGAAACAAAACUGAGAAAGAAAACAAUGAUUAAGGCUGCUAUAUUGUUAGAUUGCAAAUAAGCUUUUAAAAUUGUUAAACCGAGAAGAAGAAGAAAUAACAUGAUUACUCAUUGAGUAUACUGUUAAAUAUGGUAUAAAUAGGCACAAAAUAUUUAUGCUUUGUAAAUAGUAUAUAAAUGGAAAGAGAUGUGAUUGAGUGUAUGCUAAUUUUGGAAGUCAUAACGUGAUUUGUAGAAUCCUAAAAACGCCUAAAAGUAGACUCGCAAAACUUGCUUACAAGAUGAAAAAAGUUCAUAUGAUACCUGAUCAGGAUUAUUUGACUAAAAUUUUUCAUCGAAUUUCGAUUAACCAUAAACGAAAAAAUCAUUAACUACGCCAUAAGUUGAUGUGGUUAACCGGAUAUGUUAUUGAUAGGUCGAAUUGACGCCCUUUAAUGUAGUUGAGACACGAAUGUUGUAGGGACAUCACUCUCGGUUGAUCUCGUAAAUUUUUGCUAACCAUAAAUUGAAUGCGACAACAAUUCAUAAUUGAAAAACAUGCAACUUGGCAUUUAAAUUCGUCUUAACCAAAUUUCGGAAAUAUAAUAUUUACAUUUGCAUUGAAAUGUUGGGGGUACGGUACACUAGACAGGGCUAGUUUACUGGGGCGGCAGCUCUUGGUCGGGAAAAACCCGAGUCACUCCGACAACGUAGAACCGGCUGCCAUGGGAAUGUUGCAUAUUGGUUAAUUUGCCUUUCAAAGGCUGAACUGUAAAAAAAGGCAAAACAAAAAAAAAAAAAAAGAACGUUCGAUAACUGACGAAAAAUGUGUUUAAUCAUCUGCAAAUCUACUUAUAGGCUCACAUUCUUUUUUGCAGUUCUACAAUCUUUGUGUUACUUGUAAAGUCAACGUCGUCCAAAAAGUCAUUGAUUUGUAUAUAAAUGCAUAAUAAAAAGCUAAAAAAAUAUCGCAAUGCAAUGCCUUGAAAAACAUAACAUAUGAUUAAUAAAUAAAAAGAAAUAUAUAUAAGAAACUUAUUAAAUAUUACACCACAAAGUCCUUAAAGCACAACUGUAGCCAUAGGUAAAAUUAAUUACUGAAUUUUUCUCAAAGUGUUUAAUUCAGCAAAAAUAAUAAUAACGCGUUUUAAACAUAGGCAAGACAAAGUUGAUGCUAAAAUUGGCAGGGUUUAGGAACAUUGGAAGCCCAUACGAAUUAAACUGAAUUUGUUUAUCUUUUUUUUUUUGUUAAGCCAAGCUUAUUUCGUGUAUGUACCUUUUCACCAUUUUUCCACCCUUAAAAUGGGGAAUCCAUCCACAAUUCAAUUUUACUAGAAAUUCACAUUUUUAAGUGUUUUUUAAGUUGAUAGAAAUUGGAUGUUUUUUAACUGUUUAUGCAUAUUUCCAUACAAAAAUACAUAAUUUAAGUAUAAAAAUAAUACACACCCAUUUAUAUAUGCAUAUAUAUGUGAACAUUUUCAUGUUAAUUGUUUUAGCGUGGUAAGCGUGUAUUUUUCGAUUUUGCUUUGUAGCAAAAUUUGCUUAUAAAAUUAUAUUAAAGUAAAAGAAAUACUGAAAAAAAGAUGUAACUAAAAAUUAAUAGGCAGAAGAUGUUAUUGUAUUGUAACUGGGAAGCUAGCUGGAAAACUGAACGAUGAAUGCGAAUAAAAGAACUGUGAAUUAAUUUGUAAUCAGUGUAUUUUACAAUACCUACAAUUGAAAUGAAAUAAAAAUUUUGUUUAAAUAAAAGUUUAA